AUGACUGAAGUCAACAGCUAUAACCAGGUACUUGGUGAGCGUAUUCAAGAUUGGCAACCAAGAAAAGCCCCGGAAGCUGUUACACUUGAGGGUAAAUCUUGCGUUCUUGAACCAUUGAGUGGUGAUAAGCACGCUAAGCAGCUUUUUGACACAUACAAAACUACCCCUACCAUAUGGACAUACAUUCCAAUCGGUCCAUUCGAAGACUUAUCAACCUAUCGUAACGUUGUGGAUACGUUAGUCGCCAGCAAGGAUACGCACUUUGCCAUUAUCGACAAGACGACUGGGCGUGCUGUGGGACAGAUAUGCUUAUUAAGGGCUGACCCUCAGAACGGAGUAGUAGAGGUAGGGUAUGUCAUUUUCUCUCAAGAAUUGAAACAGACCACCAUGGCUACAGAGGCACAAUAUCUCCUCAUGAAAUAUGUCUUUGAUUCCUUGAAGUACAGAAGAUAUGAGUGGAAGUGCGACAGUCUCAAUGCGCCAUCAAGAAACGCCGCCCAGCGGUUGGGUUUCCAGUUUGAGGGUACAUUUAGACAGGCUCAGGUAAACAAAAACAGGAACAGAGAUACGCAAUGGUUUUCUAUUUUAGAUAAAGAAUGGCCUACUUGUCGCCAGGUAUUUGAAACGUGGUUAAGCGACGACAAUUUCAACAAUGGCAGACAAAAAGCUGGCCUGAAUGAAAUAAGGGAUGCUAUUGUGAAAAGUCACGAUCUAUGA